AUGUAUCACCUGCUACGACGCCGUGCGUUUCGCACAUUGCGUUGUGAACGGGGCUCCAUUGCCUUAGUUGAGCUCAAAUGGAGGCUGUGGGGGAGGGCGCAGGGGCCUUGCCCUAAAUUGUUAAAAAAUGUUACACCUAAGAAGAAGGUUGGAGUGCUAUAUCUGGCUUCAAUACCACCGAUGAUGACGGUCACCAAGCUGAGGAACUAUUUCAACAUGUACAGCGGAGGGAAAGUUGGAAGAAUGUUUCUACAGGAAAAAAAUAAGAAGAUGAAGAAACAAAAAGCAGGCAAAAGGCUGUAUACAGAAGGAUGGAUUGAGAUACUGAGCAAGAAGUCAGCUAAGGAAAUCGCAUCUCUGAUGAACAACCAGCCAAUUGGUGGCAGCAAGAAAAGUAGAUGGUAUGACUACAUAUGGAACAUAAAAUAUCUACCUGGGUUCAAGUGGGCGCAUCUGAACGAGCGCAUGCGUUUUGAGCGCGCCGUCAAGCAGGACCGACUGCGCACUGAGGUCGCCCUGGCCAAGAAGGAGGCCAACUUCUACCGCGAGAACGUGGAGCGCAGCGAACGGCAGGCACAGCGGCAGCGUCUGCGGCCCGAGGGGACGGAGUCGGCCGCCGGGCAGCCGGCCGGUGCCCGCAAGCCGCUGCCCUUCACACAGAAGCUGACCACGGCCGAGAUCCUGCGGCGCAAGGGGCUGACCGAGGGACGCGAGGACCGGCUCGACACGAUGCGCACGCUCGGCCUGUUCGGUAACAAGAGCGCGCCGCCCGAGGACGCCGGCGAGUAAGAUGGCGCCGGCAGCAGCGCCGGGCCCGCUGUCCGGGCUGGCCGGGGACCGCUGGCGGCUGGUGAGAGCGCCGGGCGCAACAGUGACGCGCGGGUAGCAUCGCUGACGCUGUGGUGGUGCGGCGAGGCCCCAGAACGGGCAGUCUGCGCGGGAUGGCGCACUGGGGGCCCGUGCUUGCGCAGGCCAGGGUGGCCCCUGGGUGUGGCGCGGGUCACGCGGUGCUGGUACCUGCCGUGGCUGUGGCAGAUGGGUUGGUUUCCACUGCUCAGCCAUCGGAUAUGAUCUGUGAACACUGCUGCGUAAAACAUGGAA